AUGGCGCUUGUAGAUAGUCAGGUUGAUGUAAACUCGGUGAGCUUCACUUAUCCCUUCCUAGAAGGGAUUGACCCAACAGCACCACCCUCGACUAUAACGAUACCACAGAAGUACCUUGAUGCAAUGGCCAACAUGGAAAGACAGUACUGGGACAUUAAGUCAAAGCACUACAACGUUGUAGUCUUCUUCAAAAAGGGCAAAUUCUACGAGCUAUAUGACUACGACGCUGUUAUUGCUAAUCGUGAAUUUGGCCUGAAAAUGGUCUUUGACACAUCGAAUCGUGGAAAAAUGCGGCUGGCUGGCGUUCCCGAACAAAGCUACCACGAAUGGGCUCGGUUGUUUGUUUUUCGUGGGUACAAAGUGGGGCGUGUUGAGCAGAUGAAGGAGGGCGAAAACGAGGCUCAAGCGGCGAAGAUGAAGGUUGUUCCUCGUGAACUAGUCGAGAUCCUAACCCCAGGUACGUUGAAAGAUCCGUCGAUGCUGUCUGAUCACCGGGAGGUGUUUAUUGUGUCACUUGCCCCUGUUUAUCGCGACGGGGAGUUUGUGAUUGACGCGUUUGCGGUUGAUCUGUCACGCCGUGUUGCGUAUCGGUGCGCAUGUGAUUAUCGCAACCGAGCGUUCAGAACUGACCGUGACAGUAUUUCCUCAGAGUUCGGUAUUAAGAGAGAGAAAGAAUUUCCUGGCUCUCUGAACAACUCCACCUUGCGAGCACUGAGCGCUCUUUUACUACAGUUGAACCCAAAGGAAGUGAUAGUACCAAGCAGCGAUUGGGCUUCCAAUGAUGUUGAAGGGUAUCAGGCUUUCAAGAGCACUUGCGACGAAAUUACGAAGUGGACUGAAGGCGAAGGGUUCCCGGUAGAGCAAAUCUCCAACAAGACACUGACAAGUCUGUCAAUGCCUGAUAUAGCAACGGCAGAGGAGGUAAUGGCGAGUUACUUUACAUUCCUUUGUCUCACAAGCGACAUCGCUAUUUUCUCAGCGGCAACAGAGUACACGGCACAUUUGCCUAGUGCGAUUAGUGUGGACUGUGGGGUGGCGGCACCAGAUGCUAUGCUGGACGAGGCAGCUGGCAGAAAGUCGUCCAUUAUGAGUUUUGAGCGCCGCUUUGAUAAGGGUCUGGUACUGGAUGCCACCACUGUGAGCAACUUGGAAGUGCUAACAAAUUUGCAUGAUGGCUCUGACAAGCAUUCGUUGAAUGAGUGCCUAAAUCGCUGCAGCACGAACGGCGGACGUCGCCUUUUCCGCUCCUGGCUGCUGCGGCCGUCUGCCAGCGCGCGGGUCAUCGCGGCACGCCAGGACACAGUACAGUUCUUGGCACGGUACAAUUUGGUGCACUCUUUGAAGGAAAUGGAGGUUGGCGACCAAGUCGGAGUGAAGCGAUCCCGCUCUAACGAGGGGCUAUCUCUUUUCUCGUUCGUAGUGUCUAUCGACUUCGAGCGCUUUCUUUCGCGCUUGUCCGACAUAAAACUGAACGACUCGCAAAACAUCGCGUACAUCGAUCCCAUGGUACAGUACAAGAAGAACCUUGGCAUCAUUCUCUCGUCCGUGCAAGCCCUAAUCGCGAUGGUUGGCUGGGGCAAGCAGUUCCUCGAACGGUGUCGCGAGGUCGCGUCCGAGCAGAGCGCUGACGUUCCUGCACUUUUAGAGGAACUUCUCGAGGAAGUUACUACUGCGGAAACCAGCACCAAACGUAUCGAAGGCUUGUUCGAUCGCCAGUCCGCUGAGGAGAGUGGUUUGCUGAUUCCCUCGCCAGGAACGUCGAGUGUGUUUGAUGCGGCAACUGCGAAGCUGAAGCAUAUCGAGUCAAAGCUUCAUGACGUUCGACGGCAGUUGCAACAAGAUGUGUUCCAAGGUGCACAAACUCAUUUUGCCGAUCUGGGUAAGGAUUUGUUCUUGAUUGAAGUUGCUGUAGCAGAUGCUCCAAAGAUGACGCCUGCUGGGAUGAUAGAAAGAGCGCGUAACGCGAAGAGUGUCAAGUACGUCGUGCCUUGUAUCGAAACACUUGUGGAGACUCACAAGGAGGCCACCGCCAUGAAAGCCGGGGCUUUGCUUACCGUUCUGUGCAGUGUUGCGAGUCGCAUCUGUGACGAGUUUCCGUGCCUCUUUUCCGCCACCCGGGCUUUAUCGUAUCUUGAUUGUUUGCUAAGCUUGGCGCAGCUCCAGCAUGCAUUUCCCACGGUGUGCUAUCCACAGCUUUGCACAGCGCACGAGCGCAAUGUUGCUGUGGUGCGCGGGUGUGACAUGAUCCACCCCCUUCUCAUAGCAAAGAACCCUGUGGCAAACAGUGUGAGCCUGGACGACGUUGAGGGACGCGUUUUGCUGCUUACUGGUCCGAACAUGGCGGGCAAGAGCACGCUGAUGCGAACCGUUGCCAUAAACGUGCUCCUGGCACAGCUAGGCGGACCUGUGCUGGCUACCAAGAUGGAGUUCUCCCCCGUCGACCGCGUUUUCACCCGUAUUGGUGCGCGCGAUGCCUCGCACAAAGGCCAAAGCACCCUAUACGUGGAGCUCAGCGAGACUGCCGCUAUCCUGCACAGUGCAAGCGCGCGCAGUCUGUGCCUUGUCGAUGAGCUUGGACGAGGGACUUCGACACACGACGGCAUGGCUAUUGCGUACGCCACGCUGCACGCCUUGACGGCGACGAAUCCUGCAGCUCCUCUCACUAUUUUCUCCACCCACUACCACGCACUAGCGAUGGAGCAGGCGCGCAGAGCAACACAAACUCCAACAGACACACGCGCACGUGCGGUACAGCUGGGGUACAUGGAUUUUGUACUCAAGUCCGAGACAGCGGCUGCCUUUUCGGACGAGAAGGCUAACGACGCGAGUUGCAGCUGCGCACAGGGCUCAUGCGUGUCAAGUGUGGCGUUUCUGUACCGACUGGUGCGCGGCAUUUGCUCCCGAAGCUAUGGCGUGGAGGUGGCGGUGAUGGCUGGUAUUCCACAUACGCUGGUGCAGCUGGCGAAGGCCAAGUCAGAGGCGCUGUCGCGCGAGACCGCCUUUCACGAAGAUGUGCGCAGUAUCGAAAAGUUCAUCCGCAUUUGA